UAUAUCGAUUAUGUCUUAGUCCUGAGACCCGGAGCUCGCGCUUGAAUUACCUGAGGAGCAAAAUAAUGUGUCAUCUGGCGAGCAACGGUUUCCGCUCGUGCGGUGUUGUUGUGAUGGCAACACCGCCGUCGUCCGCUAGCAGGCUAAGCUAAGCUAGCUGUAAUGGCUGGUGUCUGGUACCGCUGCAGAGAAUUUGCGAUAAUUAGCAUAUAAUAAACACUUUUUUGUUGUAGACAGUUAGCCUAUAAUGCCACUUAACGGAUAAUGUUUUUUCUUGAUAUCCCAGUGAGGAGGAUCAUCACCAGAUGGAAAUAUUAUAUUAAGACCGAGUGGAUUAACUCAUCGUGCCUUUCAGUAAUAUAAAAUAUGGAGUAAAAUUUAUUUUACAACAUCAUGAGCGCCGUCAAAUCUCCAAAAAACCUCCACUGCUGCAGAGAUUCCGUGUCCUUUACAUUUGGAUUUAUGUGCAGCAGCCACUGACUGAAUGUGCAUUCUUAUUUAUUCAUUAGUUAUGUGUCAGCACGUGUUGGAUAUGCUCUGAUUCCUAUAAACACUACUAUAGCGUAAAUUCGUAUAAAGGAAGCCCCCCCCCAAAAAAGAAGGAAGAAACAUGGCCUCUGUGUGGAAGAGACUGCAACGUGUUGGGAAGCAUGCGUCCAAGUUCCAGUUCGUGGCUUCCUAUCAGGAACUGAUGGUGGAAUGUACGAAAAAAUGGCAACCGGAUAAACUGGUGGUGGUUUGGACACGCAGGAGUCGGCGGAAAUCAUCCAAGGCUCACAGCUGGCAGCCUGGCAUCAAGAACCCCUACAGAGGAGUGGUGGUGUGGCCCGUACCAGAGAACAUAGAGAUCACGGUCACUCUCUUUAAGGACCCCCAUGCAGAGGAGUUUGAAGACAAAGAGUGGACAUUUGUCAUUGAAAAUGAGUCUCCAUCAGGACGAAGGAAGGCUCUGGCCACCAGCAGUAUCAACAUGAAGCAGUACGCCAGUCCGAUGCCCACGCAGACCGACGUCAAGCUCAAGUUCAAGCCUCUGUCCAAGAAGGUGGUGUCGGCCACGCUGCAGUUCUCCCUCUCCUGCAUCUUCCUCCGUGAGGGAAAGGCCACUGAUGAGGACAUGCAGAGCCUGGCCAGCCUGAUGAGCAUGAAACAGGCCGACAUCGGCAACCUGGACGACUUCGAGGAGGAGAACGAGGAGGACGAGGAGAACCGGGUCAACCAGGAGGAGAAGGCCGCCAAGAUCACAGAGAUAGUAAACCAGUUGAAUGCCCUCAGCUGCUUACAUGAUGAUGAUGAUGAUGAUGAUGGUCUCCUAAAGCGAGCUCGCAAAGCAACCACUAAGCCUGCCGCUUCCUCCCAAGAGCUCAUCAACAAGCUGAACUUCCUGGAAGACGAGGAUCAGGAAACGCCUCCCGCCAUGUGCUCGAAUCCCUUCGACGAGCCCGACGACGAGCUCCAUCCGGACCACCUCAACCCGUUUGGUGAUCCCGACGAGGACGAGCCCCCCGCCCAGCCGGUGUCGAGGCAUCAGGUCGACGACGAUUCCUUCUUCGACCACGACACCUCGAAUCCGUUCGAUGAGCCGGACGAAGCCGGGACAGAGACGCCCCCUCCGGGGAACCCCUUCGACGAGCCCGACCGGGACGCGGACCUCCAGCCGGACCCUGAACCCCCCAAGCCCAGGCAGAGGAAAGGAGUACGGCCUGUCGACAUGAGCAAGUACUUGUACGCCGACACCUCUCACAACGAGGAGGAGGAGCUUGACGAAUCCAACCCGUUCUACGAGCCAAGGACAUCGAGCCCUGCUGGCGGCCCCUCCCCGGAUUUGGGCGGCGGCCAGAAGAGGAGGGCCCCCCCGCCCCCGAGUUCCAGCCCCGGCCUCGGCCCCAGUCCUCCUGCUCCCAAACCCGGCUCUGGCCCAGACAGGGAGAGAGUUCAGCCAGUCGGGCCUGGCCCGGUCGCAGCGGUGAUGGGGAGAGAGCUGGCCUCCUCGUCCCCGAAGCCCAGCCCCGUCCCGAGCCCGGUUCUGGGAGGAAAGCCCAACGCCAGCCAGUCUCUGCUGGUCUGGUGCCGCGAGGUCACCAAGAACUACCGCGGGGUAAAGAUCACCAACUUCACCACCUCCUGGAGGAACGGACUGGCCUUCUGCGCCCUGCUGCACCACUUCAGACCGGACACAAUAGACUACAAGUCGCUCAAUCCUCAGGAUAUUAAAGAAAACAACAAAAAGGCAUAUGACGGCUUUGCGAGCCUCGGCAUCUCCCGUCUCCUGGAGCCGUCGGACAUGGUGCUGCUGGCUAUUCCCGACAAGCUGACGGUGAUGACCUACCUGUACCAGAUCCGGGCCCACUUCUCCGGCGAGGAGCUCAACGUGGUGCAGAUCGAGGCCAACAGCAGCCGCAGCACCUACAAGGUGGGCGACUUCGAAACGGACACGAACGCCUCCAUCGGCCAGGACAAGUUCUACGCCGAGCUCAACGACGUGCAGCACCGCCAGGUGAACUCUGAGGCCGACGAAUCCGCCGGCGGGGUCAACGCCGAAUCUAACGGCACCGAAGCCGCCGAGGACGAGGCGGCGGAGCCGGGUCGGAAGGCCGGAGAAGUGGGAGCGGUCAGCUCGGCGGCGGCGGGGCCUUCGCAGUCCUCCCCUCCUGUCCCAUCGCCACGCACGGCGUUACCCGCCACGACGACGGACUCGACCCACAAGACGCCGACGUCGAGCUCCGAGGACCGGGCGAAUCUACUCAAAGCCAACACUCUGGACCUCAGCGAGCUGCCGCAGAGAGUGGAGAGAGAGAUGGAGAAGGAGAGGCAGCGGAAGGAUGAGGUGGGAGAGGAACGAAGGGAGGGAAGUACAGACCCGGGGUCCCCCACCAGGAGAGGGGCCUCACCGCCCCACCAGAAACUGGGCUUCUCCUACAACAGGGACGCAGACCUCAUCAAGAAGAAGAGGGCCAGCCUGCGUCACUCGGAGUCUGAGCCCGCCUCAGAAACCAGCUCCCCUCCAGUCAACCACACAGCCACGCCUCCCAAACAGGAGCCGACACCUGCCCCUGUAUCAAGUCCCCCUGCUGAGAAGAAGGUGCUGUCUCGUCAGGAGGAGCUGAAGGAGAGAGCCCGCCUCCUCCUGGAACAGGCCCGCAGAGAUGCUGCGAUGAAGGCCGGCAACAAGAGCGUCCCCAACUCAGCCGCCACGGCACCAAACAGGGCCACGGGCGUCUGUGAUGAGCGUGACGCAGAGCGGCGACGACAGCUGAGAGAAAGAGCCAGGCAGCUGAUCGCUGAGGCUCGAUCCGGAGUCAAGAUGUCAGACAUGAGCCUGGACGCGUGCAGCACCGAGAGAGGCAAGGGCAGCAAAGCUAGUCCUGCUGGAGAUGUUUCGACUGCUCAUCAUGAGGAUGAUGGUGAAAGGGGUGAGGAUGAGGAAGAGGGGAGGUCUGAGGAUGAACAGCUCCAUGGUGGUGAUGAUGAUGAUGAUGAUACUGUUGCUGCCACAUCUGCUUCUGCGCUGGUUACUAACCCACCGCCGGUGGAGGCCUCUCUUCCAGCCACCUCCAGCUACCACCUACCCCUGGAGCUUACUAACCCCACCUCUGAGCUAACUUCUCUGGGUACGAACAGUAAGCAUGUGGAUCUGAAGCUGAAGAAGCUGGUGGAGCUCAGCCCGAGAGGAGUCGCCUCCCCAAUGUCCCCGUCCUCCACCUCCUCCUCGUCCUCCUCCUCCACACCCACCGCCUCCUCCAGCUCCCCAGUCAGCCCUGCAGAAGGACUGGAGAACAACGCUCAGGAUCUGCGAGCCGAGCGUCUGCGCAGAGCGACGGAGAGGCUGCGCAGCCCCGUGGUCUUCAACAAGGACUCUGCAGUCAGGAAAACUCAGCUGAAGUCCUUCAGCCAGUAUGUGGAGAGCCGCCCAGAGGUGAAGAGGCAGAAGUCUGUCCCUGAGGACCUGAGGAGGGCCGAGGAGGACCGGGGUUCACCGACGGACCUCGACAUCCGCCGACCCUUUGAGGAGGAGGUUUGUCGCUUUCUUUCCCCUCAGUCACUUUAUGAAGCUUUUAGACGGCUCGUUCCUCCGGGGUCAGACGUGAGGCCGCUCUCACAGCUGACGUUUGAAGGUUUCCAUUCAAUGCGCUUCGUCCGUAUCAGGCUGUUUGCAUCCCGCCGUAACCGUACAUGUUGCUUUGCUAACAAAGAGCUUGUUUUUCUGUGUGUGUUUCCAGGCAACAACAAGGAGGAGGAGGAGGCCAUGAUGCAGGAGUGGUUCAUGUUGGUCAACAAGAAGAACGCCCUCAUCAGACGACAGAACCAGCUCUCUCUGCUGGAGAAAGAGCACGAUCUGGAGAGACGCUUCGAACUACUGAACAGAGAGCUGAGAGCCAUGCUGGCCAUCGAGGACUGGCAGAAGACGGAGGCCCAGAAGAGACGAGAGCAGCUGCUGCUGGAUGAGCUGGUCAUACUGGUCAACAAACGGGACGCGCUGGUCAGAGACCUGGACGCCCAGGAGAAACAGGCCGAGGAGGAGGACGAGCACCUGGAGAGGACGCUGGAGCAGAACAAAGGAAAGAUGGCCAAGAAAGAGGAGAAGUGUGUGCUUCAAUGAUUGUCACUUCAGAAACACAAAAACACAACCAACAAAUGUAGCCGAUAAAAGAAAUGUAUCUCAUUAUUAUGAUGGUUAUGAAUAUGAUCUUUUCCUAAACGUUUGAAUCACGAUUCCGGUUGUUUUGUUUUGGUCAAAUUAACCGCAGAGACCCGGCAGAUUUAAGAGGCCCUGCGAUGCCUUCGUACCAACUUUAUACUGACUCAAACUGACCCACUCACACACAAUGUUUUUUAUUUUUAUUAUCCUGCUUUUACUUUUACGGUACGUGUCUGUAAUAUAAAUACCUGUGAGACGAGAGCAGUGCUACAAUAAACCCGUGUGAUAUUAUUGCAUGAAGUGAUGCAGCACAGCCCUCUCUGUCUGAAUGUGGAGACCAGUGGGUUUGAGGUACAGCACAACUGGGUUUAAUGGGGGGGGGGGGUGACGUUGCAGUUAAAAGGAGAAGAAAAAAGAGUCGUUAUGAUAUCAGUCUUUUCAAGCUACUUCGUCACUUGACUGUAUCUUUUUAAUUAUUUAAUUUCAGUGUUUUUACUUGUAAAAUAUCUUAAAGGGGGGGG